UGCCUACCUAAAACAGGUUGGUUAUUUAUAUAAACUUUCCGUUUUGUAACUACAGACACCGUAUAUAGGUAUUUCGUUUGAAUGUAGUUCUAUAAAACAGCUAUUUCAUUUUAAUAUAUAAGAACAAAACAGCGAGAUAAAUAACGACAGAGACUGACUCUCACUCUUAUUACAAAUGAGCCAACGACACAGCACGCCCGUCAUCUUCAUCUUCCCUCCCCCUGCUCCAAAUCUCCACCUCAUUAAACACACUGAAAGAGAGAGAGAUGGAGUUUUCUGAAUAUAACACUCUCUGACCUUCUUGUCAUAUCACAAACAAAUCUCUCACACUCGUUUUUCCUCAUCGAAACAUUCUCUUUCUUCUUCAUAUUCGUCUUCUUUUUCUUUAUGGGUUGUCGAGAUGUUCUGUUAACUUUCUAUGUGGCUCUCUUGCUCAUCUUUCUGUUCCAGGUCUGGCUUUUCCGGGAAGGACAAGUCCGGGAACUGUCCGAAGACAACCACCUCGGAAGAGACAGAAACACUCUUGUCUCCAAGAACAAGAAGGACGACGAUGAUGUUCAACGGCUCUUUCAAAGGUAUUUCAAGGGAUCAUCCUUUGGUCUAAACAACAACAACAGCAACACUCGCUUUGAAGAUUCUGAUAGAAAAAUCCCUAGUUCCCCAGAUCCCCUACACAACUAGUUAGUUACUUUAGCUUCUUCUAUUUUUUUAUUUUCUUUUCAACUCUUAUUGUCCAAAACAAACCUUAUAUUUACCUCACUUUCUUUGUAUGUAUUUCUUAAAUGAGGACAUGUUCUGUUUAUCACUA